UGUGUCGCUCUUUGGUCAUCCUGUGAAACCAGAGCAUCCUCCGCACACUUGCACUCGCACUCACACCCACCCACCCCCCUUCCCCCCCCACACACACACACUGACACACAUCCGCUCACACAUCAAUGUCGUCCCCCUCGCCUUGCAUCCUCGUCGUCGGAGCUACCGGAAACACCGGGGUCGGCGUCGUCCACACCCUGGUCGACUCGAUCCGAUCGUCCUCUCGAUUCGCCAACCACCGGAUCGUCGGUCUCACCCGGGACGCCCAGUCCCAGGGCGCGCUCUCGCUCUCCGCCCUGCCCGGGGUGACGAUGAUGGAAAAGGAUUGGAAGCUGAUCGACUCGAAAUGGCUCGCCGACGAAAAGGUCGAACGCCUGUUCAUCGCUUCUCACAGAGGCGUCAGUCAUUUCACCGACGAGUCCCUCUUCCUCAACCAGGCUCUCGAGGCCCGGGUGGAGUACGUCGUCAGGAUCAGUACGACCAGGCGAAAUAUCGGACCUACCACGCCGGUGUUCUACGCUCGUAACCACUGGGCGAUCGAGACGAUGUUGGAACAGCCCGAGUUCGAUUCGAUGGGGUGGACCUCGUUGCAGCCCAACGGGUUCAUCUCGCUCGUCACCCCAGCUCUCCAAGGCUGGUUGAAAGCUUUCCGAGAGACCGGGGACGAUGACCAAGAACUCAAGCUCAUGAUCGAUGGGGACCACGAGACCGCCCUGAUCGACCCCGUCGAGAUCGGUAACAUUGCCGGCAAGCUCCUCCUGCUCGACGACGUCUCUCCUCACCGAUCCCGCAAGUACAACCUCGUCGGGCCGACCGACGCCACCGGAAAACAGGCUGUCGCUCUCCUCGAACAGUUCGCCAAGACCUCGGUAAAGAACGUCGUGUACAGGGACGUCUCCUGGAUAGAAUACGCCAAAGCCGCGGGGACGCCAGAGAACGUCCUCUCCUCGCUGAUGCUGGCGCCCCGGGCUGGCUACUUGGGAGCUUGUUCCACCAAGAACUCGCCUACGAGCCCGGAAAUCAUCGAAUUGUGCCCUCUGAAGAACGGUGGAUUGGAAAUGUGGCGAGAGGCUUUGGCGGGGAUGUAACAAAAAGUCGUAGGACGGAGGGUCGUUCCCCAUCUGAACGAUAACGUGUUUGUCGAUACGAUGUCAAGAGUCGGGACGACCGUAAACAUCGGGACGACUUGCGAGGGUGGACCGGGUGGACAAUGCAUGCCUGUCUAGAAAUGUAGCUACUCUAGUAGAUAUGUGGAGCAUAGACUGUCG